AUGGCUGAAAAUGAAAUUGAUGAUCCUAAAGCUCUACAAGAAGAGAUUGCUAUGAUGUCUAGAAAUAUGGAUGGGUUGAUGAGGAGAUACAGAAAUACAAAGAAAGGAAGAUUCCCACCAAGACGAUCCAGGCAAUACAAUGAACAGGAUAAUAACGAUGGAAAAUGCUAUGAAUGUGGAAAAUUUGGGCACAUUCAAGCUGAAUGCCCAGAACUGAAAAGGAAUAUCUCUAGAGGCUUCAACAAGAACAAAUCCUUCGGAAGCUGGAGCGGAUGGGUUUGGAAACCAAAAAAUUCUGAACCUAGUAACACUAACCCACCAGGACCUAGGCAAGCUUGGGAAGUUACAAUGAUCGAUGGAGGAAGUGUAAAAUUCGGAGACGAUUCAAGGGGCAAAAUAGUUGGCACUGAAACAGUUCCUUUUAAUAACAACUGUGACAUUGCUGAAGUAUAUCUCGUUGAUGGCCUAAACUAUAAUCUCUUGAUCAUAAGUCAACUCUGCGACUCAGGAUAUGAGGUAAAGUUUAAAAGAACAGGGUGUGCUAUUAAAGACGAAUCAGGUAAGAUAAUUCCUCCUGGAAAAAGGUAUGGAAAUGUUUAUAUACUUGAUGGAUUUGAAAAGAUAGAUGGCCACAUUUGCUUAUCCUCUAUGUCUGAUGAUCCAUAG